AUGCGAGCUAGCUGCAUCCUUUCCACCGCCUUCGCUCUCUAUGCACCGCAAAUACACGGAGCUCCGGAUCGCAACCUCGAAGCCUUGACAGAGGGCGAUACUCUUGCAGAGAUGGAGCAAUUCCUUGGGGUGAAGCUUGAAAGAAAAUUCAAAAACAUUCCAACUUCUGCUAGAAUUGAACCAGCACCCUGGAAUGGUCCCAUGUGGGAGACCUAUGGCGACAGCAUCAACUACCCUUGGCAGAGAGAUCAACCAUCUCCAACUGAAAAGUAUGCGAAGGCUUUUGGUAUCGACACAAAGGAAUUGAUGGACAAGGUUUCGGCCCAGUUCGGUAUCUUUUCGGUGGGAAACUCAUCUGUCCAAUGCGCAGGGCCUUGUAAAGAUGAAGUCGCCGAUGUAUGCUCCUAUCGCGGCAGUGAUA